GUUGCAAUCGAGGGGAGAGGGGCUUGGUCUUGCUCUUUGCUGCUUGCUCGUCGUUGUUCGCCGGCCUCUGGGCCUCGGCGUAUUGGGUCCAAUAUUUCGCGACGGUGGGGAACGGCGUCAGGAGCUGCUUGUAGAUCGGCGCCGCCUCCGAGAUCGGCAAACGGCGGGCCUGAUUGGCGUGGUGGCUGACCAUUGUAUUUGGGAUUAUGGUGAGGGUUUCGUUGGGGCUGUUCGAUUUUUCCCUCAAAUUGCAGGCUUUGCUUACAUUUGGGUCCUGAUGGUUGAAGAAUUUAGAGUUGGGAAGAUGGUUGAGGAUGUUAGAGUUGAGAAGAUGAUGGUUGAAGACGGUAGAGUUGACAGGAUGGUUGAAUAUGAUGGAGUUAAGGAGAAGGUGGAUGAGGCCAAAGCAUUCGAAUCGAGUAUGAUGGGUGAAGAUGAUCAAGAUUAUGAUUAUGAUUUUUGUGUGGGUGAUAUUGUGUGGGUUAAAACCAAAAUAAACACAUGGUGGCCUGCUAGAAUUCAUGAUCCUGCAGAUGCAUCAAAGUACGGAGGAAUUGAAAGUGACCAAGAAGACUGUCUGCUAGUUGGGUACUUUGGGAUGGGUCAUGUUGCUUGGUGCCGUCGAUACCAACUGAAGCCUUUCCCCAGUAUUUCGAGCAGAUUUCAGGGCAGAGCAAGGCUAGAAUUUUCAUUAAAGCUGUAGAGAAAGCUCUUGAAGAGUUUGGUCGCCGUGUCAAAUUGAAUAUGACUUGUGCCUGUGUUUUGAAAGAAGAUCGACUUUCAGUUCAUUAUGCUGCAUCUAAGGAAGGAGUUUUGGUUUCUGACCGCAACUCCAGUGAACUCGGUGAAUUUUCAGUUACUCGUUUUGAUUCUGCAAAGUUCCUUGCACAUCUGAAAAAUCUAGCACAUCUUUUUAUAGUAUGAUUACUGUGUUCUGUUUGAAAACACAGGUGUAUAUUCAACUGUUUGUUGUAUCAUGCUUGGAUCUUCUCAUUACUAAUUAUAAAUCUAUAUGCCAUUGCUUGUUCUUUUGGAAGCUAUUCA